AUGUUUCUUCGAAAGAAAAUUAUCAAAGGAGUCGCCUCCGGGGUCGGUCUGGCCUCCGAGAGUAUCGCCGCCUACAAGACGAACAAGAAGUCCCAAAACGCUUCCCCUACAGAAGAACAGGCUCCUGAAUCAUCCACUACGCCCCCUACUGCCCCUCAAUACGAACAUGAAUAUGACCAUGAAUAUGCACGUGAACAUGAACAAAUCAUGGAAGAGCAACAUGAAGCAGAAUGGGAGCUUGACGAGGCUCAAGACCAACUUCAUCGCGACUCUCCGCCCGAGUAUACACCCAUCCAAGAUGUCGAUCAGCUAGCCCACGCCUUUCUGGAAACCCAUCCUGCGGCAUACUCGGUUCCCACUGGACACCCGAAACUCCCGUACCCGGUGAUUCUGCCACAACGGCAACCUCGGUCGCGUAAGCGUGGCUUCAUCCGGGCAUACGCGCCGGUUCUGGAUAAUUUUGGCAUCGACCAGGCCAUGUUCAUCGACUUCCUGGAGACGUCGAAUAAAGCCUGCGAGGCUGCGGGGUGGCGCGGCGAUCAACUUGGCAUCGGAACAGACGUUGCCAUUGCCGCCGAAAACCGAAGAAAAACGAAUACCUACUUCGAUAAAAUCAACCAGGAGAUGUUUCAUCCUCGUGGCCUGCACUGUCUCGUCAUGACCUGGAAACCAGAAUCUGAUUCCCCCUGUGUUAGCUUUGAUUUGAACUCGGCCAUCUCGAGCUCCAUGGCCCACGCAGGAUCUGGAUGGGUGAGCAAGAUGAAACACAAGUAUAAGUCAUCUGACGGAAAGACGUACGGGAACCUGCCGUUCUCCGAGACGGCGCCGCUCAUGUUCCCGGAUCUUCAUGAGUUGGCAGCACAGAGCCCCGAUGCGGAAAAAAAGUUGAAGGAGGUCAAUUCGCGACGAGCCUUUGUGGCUGAUUACUUGGAUCGGAGGGGCCAGGCUGAAUUUCACCCAAACCACAAUUCACAUCCCGCUAGCAGCGGGUCACUCAUGGGCCUUGUCACCGGUGGCCAUAUUACCAGUGACCAGAUCAAACCGAUGCGCGGACGAGGACGGGACGAGUCCGGACCUGGUCGUGGACGCGGACUUGGAGGUGGACUCGGCGGUGGACUAAUUGGUCGGGGUCCGAUUCGCCAGAUCAUCAGUGGAGUGCAGGCCUCGAGGUCUCGGAGUACAGGUGGACCUGAGCAGCCACAUCCGGAAGAUGGUGAACAUAGGCAAAGCCCUGGCGGAUUUAGAUUUGGAUCUCGAAAUCCGCGCGGAGGGCUACUGGGCGGGGGAAUGAAGAAGAUGUUGAAAUCGAAUGUUAUGUAUUUGAUGAUCGUGAACCUGCCAUCGGAGGAGGAGAUGCAGCAGGCUGUGGAGAUGCUUCAUUCUUGA